CGCACUAAUCGCGAGCUGGCCAAGUUCUAACCACGCCUCUGGGGGGGGAGUGCCUUUAUCAGUCACACGCCGGAGGAGCUUUUGCUGAGUGUGUGUCGCUGCCUGAACCGGAGCAAUUACCCCGGAGUUAUUCCAAGCUGCACCAUGUCGUCAGAAGAAAGCACCAUGAGCCCAACUUCUCCUGAAAACAAGGAAUUGGACCAGCAGAAUGUCGUCAGCCGAGUGGCCAGCCUGCCCUUGAUUGGUUCAACCUACGACAUGGUCUCCUCUGCUUAUGCCUCCACGAAGGAGACUCACCCCUACCUCAAGUCCGUCUGCAGUGUGGCAGAGAAAGGCGUGAAGACCAUCACAGCAGUGGCUGUCAGCGGAGCUCAGCCUUUGCUGAGCAAGCUGGAACCUCAAAUUGCAACCGCCAAUGAAUAUGCAUGCAAGGGACUGGAUAAACUGGAGGAAAAACUGCCCAUCCUGCAACAACCUUCCGAAAAGGUGGUGGCUGAAACAAGGGAGCUGGUCUCCACCACAGUGACUGGUGCCCGAGAUGUGGUCUCCAGCACCGUCAAUGGGGCCAAGAAUGCUGUGACCAGUGGCGUGAGCAGAGUGGUGGACUUGGGCAAAGGAGCCGUGCAUGGCAGUGUGGAAAUGACCAGAUCGGUGGUGGCAGGUGGCGUGAACACCGUCAGGGAGUCCAGAGUGGGCCAGAUGGUGGCGACGGGGAUGGGUGCCGUGCUGGAGAAGUCGGAAGAGUUGGUGGACGUCUAUCUCCCAAUAACGGAUCAAGAACUGGCUGAAGUGGCUUCCUCCAUGGAGGGCGUUGACCUAGAAACUCUGGAGGGCCUUCAGGUGACUGCUGUGGAGCUGCAGAGAGAAGACGAAGGCUACUUCGUGCGCCUGGGGUCCCUCUCUGCCAAGUUCCGCCACCGUGCCUACCUCCACGCCCUGAACAAGCUGAGAAGCGUCAAACAGGGCACCGAAGACCUCCUCUUCCAGCUACAGCAGACCAUCCUCCUGAUUGAACACGUCAAGCUAGGAGGCCAGGAGAAGCAGUGCCCAAUGGAGCUGGAGUGGAACAGGAAGCCACUGAGAAUCGAGGACCACUUAGACUCCUCGGUACAGCCAGAGGUUGAGUCGCGAACGCUGGCCAUGUUCCGGGGCCUCACCCAGCAGCUCCAUCUCUCCUGCUCAACAAUGAUGUCCAGCAUCCGAGGUCUUCCUGCCAGCAUCCAGGACAAAGUCCAGCAGGUCCGCCACACUGUUGAAGAUCUCCACUCUUCCUUCUCGGCAGCACACUCCUUCCAAGAUGUGCCCGCUACCAUCUUGGCCCAGAGCCGCGAACGGGUCUCCAAGGCCCGCGAGUCCAUGGAUGAGAUGUUGGAAUACGUGGUCCAGAAUGUCCCCCUCCCAUGGCUGGUGGGGCCUUUUGCCCCCAAUCUUGUGGAGCUUCCUGAAGCAUCAAGCAAUGGCACAGAGAAGGCAGAAAGUGACCUCCAAGCUCAGAAAGAACCCAGUGAAAAAUCAGAUAGCCAACAAGAACCCAAUGAAAAGCAUCACAGCCCACAACAAAUGUCCCCUGAACCAAAGGAGGUCCUUGAGUCCUAAAAUGGUUUCAAAAGUGCAUGAUUUGACUUGGCUCCUGAGAAAAGUGUUCUAGGAAUUGUAGUUUUGCAAGGGGCUAGAGUUGUAGCGGUCUGGUGCCUUGCAAUACUCUAAUUCUCAGUAACUGUUUGGCUGUAUCUGUAGUGUUAAUGUGCCUUAUGAACUGAAUUGCUGUGAAUGGGCAAAGUGAUGGUUGGUAUAUUGUCUGUAGGUUUAAGGUGAUGAUAAAAGAAAAUCUUGCCUUUUUGGUCUAAACAAGAUCUCGGUUCCAGCAUCAUUCUUGCAAAGACAUGGGAUUUUCAGAAUAGAACUGUCAUCUUUAGAUCGCAUCUUGCACACCCGUUCCUGAUGUUCUCUCGCACAAUAGCACAGGAUGGAUCUUGAAAAAUAGGGUUUUUACAUGCUCUCUACCCCUCACAUACUUAGGUGGUGGUGAUGGUGGGGUAUGAGCAUACUUCAAAAUAGGUCCUAUUUGGAGAACGGAGUGCUUUGUUAGCUACACUACCAGCUAGGGGUGCCUCUGAAUUUAUUGCAGAGAAGAUGAGACACUUGAUCAAGGGAGCUCCCUUAGCAAGAUAACUUUUUCCUGUUUCUGGGGCACUUGAAAGGAGAACUUGGAAAAGUUUCUGCUGUUCCUGUUGUUGGGUGUUUGCUCCCAGCCUGAUAGUUUCCAGUCCCUGCCAAUUGCAUUCCCCAAAUGGAUUUUCAAGUUAGGACUGACUUGGAGAUCACUCUCUGCCAUGCAUGUUGAUACAGUGACUCCUCUGGAGUGCUAGACAGGGAUCUGGGCUGCUUUGUGUUAAUCUUGUGUGGGUUUUCUUGGAGCUGUCAUCCGUCUCGGGCAAAGGAAGAACUGUUCCAGCCUGUUUCCUGAAGUGCCACUAAUGUUUUGUACCUUUGUAGAAAAGGCCAGUGUCUAUUUUUCAGAAUUAAAAUGUUAAUCUGCAUUCAAA